GAUGGUGUAAAGGCCUCAGCUCAUUCUGACGUGUGAAUUAUUUUCCAGCAGACCUCAGGAUUCUCCUGAAGUUACAGUGAGAGCUGCUACUGGUAGUUACAGUGCAGACUUAAGUGCAGACAAAAAUAUCACAGGUAUCAAAUUUUUGUUGUUGUAGAAGCAAUGCAGGUUGGUGCUGUGUUUUUAUUGUGUUUGUUCAAAUGUGUUAACCAAUCAGUCAAUCAAUCAACCACUAAUACAGUGCCUCUUAUAGCUUAAAACCAGAGUAUCCGUAUGAUAAAUAGCAGGAGCCCAUAAUGCCUCCUUUCUGUCCUGGACUUGCUUUUGACUGUUUUUCUCCCCCUUUCUUUCCAACCAGCUCUUGCUUUGAGGUAAGCACUUCGGCACUGACGUAAUUCGUGGAUUACUCUUUGAUUAUUCCUUUGCGUUCUCCUGCAGCAAGUGGGUCGGCUCGGCAUUAGCAGGUGUGAAGGUUGUAGUCUGGAAGCUGGUUAAUCAGGUUGUCUGUCUGCCUGUGGUGCAUGGUUAGAGUUUGUCUCAUUCAAACUACAGAGGGUAAGGUAAGCACUCUCCUCCUACUAUAUUCUGUGUUUAAAAUCAUUUUGAGGUUUUUAACCAACAUAUUUUUCUUGCUGUAGUAGACAGCUGUGAACAGUAUCAGUCAGGAUACUUUUUAUAAAAUUAAUUGAAUUGAAUGUGAAUAUGUUAAGGGGAAAUUACAGGAGAAAGAGCUGGAGCUAUUGGCUAUUUCAAUAUAAAAAUACUAGCAUAAACAUAUGAAGCAUAAGAAUUUCAUGACACCAGCUUCAGGCCGAAAUAAUAAGUCGAUUACUCAAUUAGUCAAUUGACAAAAAAUUAUUCUGCAUCUCUUGUAAUUGUAAUUGUCUUUAUCUACCAUGAUAUUAGAUUAGAUUUAUUUGGGUUUUGGACUGUUGGUACGACAACACUAGCAAAUUGAUUCUUAACUUGGGAUUUGGACAAUUAUGGUGGACAUUUUUCACUGACCUUUUAUAGCCCAAAUGAUUUAUAAAGAAAAUAACUUAGUUUAUAAUGAAAAUUAUCCUUAACAGCAGCGAUUAGUUUGUCAUCAAUCAACACAUAGGAAAGGGUGGCUUAUAUUAUUUGUUUGUUUGCUUUUGAAGUAUGUCUGCUGGCAGGAAGCUUGAGCUUUACUUGUGGCUGUGAUCUCUUUAGUUUGACCAAUCUGUUCUCUUUACUUCAUCCCCCUUUUCAGCUUACCUUACCUUCCCCCCUUAAUAUUGUCCUCCUGUCCUUAUAUCACCACCUGGAAGCCAUCCACCCUCGCAACAUGGCAGAGGCCCCAGCAUCCACCUCCUCUGAGGAAGGUCUGCCUGUGCAGUGGAAACUUUCCAAUCGACGCAACAGGAAGCCAGGAUGCUCCAACAUCUUUACAGGGGUCAACCUGCAGCAGCUGCACAGGCUGUUCAGAACAGCAGGAGACAGAGACGCUGAACAUCGGGCAAAGCUAGUGUGGCGAGGGAUGGAUGCAGAUAUCGAAGGAGCAGAGGAGGUGAAGGAGGAGGAAGGGGAGGAGAAACAGGACGAGGCAGGGCUGGCCCAUGCCUUGGUGGGGCUCCGAGUCCGAGCAAGGAAUAAAGCAGGUAUCAGAGCGGUUGGACACAGAGACCACAGUUGGCUCAGAGGAUCAGGAUAUCUCAGGAUUGAGGAGCCAUUAUCCAGCUACACUGUUGAGGAUGAAGAGCAUAACAUACCACCCAGUCCGGAAGAAUUUUUACUAGCAACUGUGAAAGACAUCCCAGAGAACCAAAAUCCCUUCAAACCCUCCUCAUGGCGGUUGGAUUUGGCAAGACAGGAGUGUGCCAGACACUCUGAGCGCUACCUUCACCGCAUCCUCCACUAAAAACAGACUUGGAUGUGGAACAAUAAAAGAUGCAAUUAAGCUGUCUGCAUGAAAGGACAUACUGUAUUACUACUGUUAGCACUUUCUGCUAACAUGUAGUCUACAUGUAAGACCCCAGCAUAGAGAAUACCAGUGAACUAUAACUAUUAAUCCAACUAUAGGAAAUUCAAAUGCAUAUCUGUUCCAACACAUGGCUUUUGCAGGAGACGGACAAGAACAGGCUGUUGGGUAAGGCCUGAAAGGAAUUUCCGAUGUAUGAGUACACGCAUUUUUGAAGGAGAACCAGGGACACAGGCUAGCUGGACAGCUGGUGCUGCACUUGCCAGAGAACUUGUGAUACUGUAUAUUAUCAUGGUAAAUGGGGGAGUAUAUUGUGACACUGCAAUAAGUGUAAAAUUUAGUAAAGUACUUUUAACAGCAUGUCUGGCAUAAGAUGUUUUAAAAAUGCCAUCAAUCACAUUCUUUUAAACUCUGUAUUAACUGAUUUUCUGGUCACUUUGUGGCAGUGGAAAAAAGCGGUAAACAGAAAACUGAAUUUAAAGUUAUGGCAAACUUGUUACCAAACGGUUACACAUCCAGCAGAUACACAGCAACAUUAUCAUUCAUUCGAAAUUGUGCUUCUGGCCACCCGGUAAAUGUACAUCCAAUAUUCACACUCCUUUUAGCUGUUUAUUAUCUCUACCACCUGAGGGAAAUAUCUGGCUCUUGCUCUGCUAAGUGCUCCACUAUGUUCAUCAGCUAGUUAUUAACUGUGUCCACUAUUUGGCACUGAGCAGGUAGUGUACAGUAGGUUUUAGAGCUUUUUCACUGAAAAGAGCUGCAUGCUGAACCAAAACAGUGAAAUUGCUAUAAAAUCAAAACAAUGAGCUGAAUGAGACUAAAAUGCUCUAUAAAGCUGAGGAGAACUAAAGAGUGACAUUUCUCUGUAGGUUCAUCACUACAAGCAGCUCCUUUUACAUUACACAUGGUCAUUUGAUCCAUUUUUAAUAAAAUUUAUUGAAGCAGCUUUAAAGUCAUGAUUUGAUGGACCAUUAACACAUAAUUGUCAAACUAUCACAGUUCCAAAAUGCCCCGCAGUUGUAAUUCACAAUUCCAUUGUGAUGUGUGUUUUUGCUGUCUCUUGUAUCGUUUUAUGUUAUGUCUCAUUAAUGUCUGUCCAUGUUAUCUUAUUUUCAUACCCUUUAUUCGAGUGUAUCCCUCCCUUCAACAGGAUGUUAUCCUCUUGGUAGGCUGUGGUUGUAAAUUCAAAUUUUCUUCUUAACUAACUUGCCUGGUUAAAUAAAAAA